UCCACUCGGGCCUCCGUAGCUACGACAUUUUCAAGGGACCGACGCUAAUGUAUUUUUCGCGUCCGUUUAGCUGAUGGCUUUCGUGGCUAACUUUGUUUUGAUACAUUACGAGAUUGUUAGAUUAGUAUGAGGAUGCAUAUAAUAUUAUAUUUAUAUAUGUUAUAAAUGUUUAUCGACAUCCGAGUGUUAAAAAUGAGAGCGCACGAGCAACCCCGAAGUAAGCCAUGCUAGUUAGCUAGCAUAAUGCGAGUUAGCUUGUUGCAGGCUACAAUUUCCGCUUUGCAUUCGCUCUAUGGUCUGUGUUUCUUCCUUCUCCUGGUUUUCCUUGAGGUGUAUGUGGCUGUUUCUUGGCUCUCUGCCUUCACUGAACCUAUAGCACUAUCGAGCAAGCAAAGACGCGAAGUGAUGACGUUGCCAAGCGUCACAUGCAGCAUCUGACUUUUUUCUUUUUAAACAUAUCUAUAGAUCUAAUGUUCUAGCUGAGGUCUAUGUCUUCUGUCUCAGCAGUAAACCCAUGUUUGUCCGCCCCCUGAGUGCAGUGGGCUCUGCUCCAUCUGUUGCAUCUCUUUGGAAGCACUGCUCCUGGUGCUGGAGAAAUCCAUUUCCACUCAUCACUACCAGAACCAUUUUGACCUCACCCAGACCUUUCUGGUCAUUCAUCUGGAGUGAGCUGCAGAGCAGAGAUCGCCCACGACUCUUCCAUCUCUCACCUGGCCUGAUGAAGCACCCCGAUCUAGAGCCUCCUGUCAAAAGGAGAAAGAGUUCGGAGUGUGAACGUUCAGGUGAAGGUGUUCAGAUCAGCCCAAAACGCUCGGCUUACAGAGAGAGACGAGAGACUGCGUGGCUCCGCAACCUUACAGAUGUUUCUGGGAAACUUUCCUCCGAUGGAGCACAGACGAAAACAGAUCCUGUUCCAGAGUUGCAGAGGCAGUGGGAGGAGCUGUCCGAGAGCCUAAGUGCUGAACCGUUCAAUUUCUCCGUCAUGUCCUACAACAUCCUGUCUCAAGAACUGCUCCUGAGCAACCUUUACCUUUAUAAACACUGUAACCCACACGUACUGGAAUGGCACCAUCGCUUCGAUAACCUCCUCGAGGAGCUGAAGCGUCACGCCGCAGAUAUCAUGUGUCUUCAGGAGGUGCAAGAGGAUCAUUAUCAGAAGCAGAUCAAACCCAGUCUAGAACAUCUAGGAUACCACUGCGAGUAUAAGCGCCGGACUGGUCGCAAGCUUGAUGGCUGCAUGGUAGCUUUUAAAACAUCUCGCUUCGCGUUGUCCUCCGCUCACCCUGUGGAGUUUUUCCGGCAUGGAAUCCCGAUCCUGGACCGGGAUAACGUGGGACUGAUUGUGAUGCUGAAGCCAAUGGGAGCGUCAGGUUCUGAAUGCAACAUCUGCGUGGUCACCACUCACCUGCUGUACAACCCCCGGCGGGGUGACAUCAAGCUAGCACAGCUGGCACUUCUGAUGGCCGAGAUCGGUCGCGUCGCACGGCAGGGGGACGGUACGACCUGCCCCAUACUGCUGUGUGGUGACUUUAACUCGGUGCCCACGAGUCCCCUCUACACCUUCAUUACAGAUAGCAGGCUGGAAUAUGCAGGAAUGCCCAUUGGGAAGGUAUCAGGACAGGAAGAAAGCCCUCGAGGGCACAGAGUCCUCACUUCACCCCUUUUGCCCUCCGGGCUCGGCAUCUCUCGGCUGUGCCAGUACGAGAGCCAAACUAACGUCCCAACAGAAACUGGUGGAAAGGAAUCUGGGAAACAAGCUUCAAACAAAGACUUGAAAAUCCCCAGCCUUGAACACCGCCUGAAGCUGACCUCGGUGUACUCUCACUACCUGAAAGAGAGCGGCCGUCGUGAAAUCACCACCUGCCACUCGCGCACUGCCAUCACCGUCGAUUACAUCUUCUACUCCCCUGCACAGUGGGAUGAGUUGGGCUGGAAAGAAUGCAGUUCUGCUCCACAGCGAGGUCUGCAGCUGUUAUCUAGACUGGCCCUGGUGGGAGAAGCCGAGCUGAGAGAAGCGAACGGCCUGCCCAAUCAGUGCCACUCAUCAGACCAUCUUCCUCUCAUCGCCCGCUUCCGUCUGCACUCCUGACCUUCCUCGGCUGCCUGGUGCAGAUAGAUCAGAUCUCACAAGUCACAUGAUAAAAAGCGAUUGCUUUAUAAAUGGUGAUGUUUAGAUCUCUGGAGUUUUUACAGAACGCCAGCAAAACUUACACACGUCACAUACAUCAGACUUCAACUUAAGUUAUUGGAAAGAUGUUUUUUUGUUUUUGUGUUUUUUUGUCAUGUUUUCAUAUCUGAUUUUAUUGAAGUGUCUGGACUUUUUAAUUUAUUAAGCAUGAAGUCUUAUGUCAGUGUCUAAUCUGUACAGUAGAGCAGUAAUAAUGCUGAAUAUCGUUCCAGAUAUUACAAAUAUUCGACAACGGUAAAUAUUUUAACACAGAGAAUACGAAUCGGAUGACGGGGACCUCACUACAUUUCAAUAAUAAAAGCGUGCCCUGUGUGGUUUUAAUCGAA